UCCCCCAGGGCCCAUGGGGGGCGGAUCGGGGGCGUGGUCGUAGCGCCCUGAGCUGUGGCUAUUCGCUGCCCCCCAGGGCCCAUGGGGGGCGGAUCGGGGGCGCGGUCGGAGCGCCCUGCGCUGUGGGUAGUCGCUGCCCCCCAGGGCCCAUAGGGGGCGGAUCGGGGGCGUGGUCGGAGCGCCCUGCGCUGUGGGUAGUCGCUGCCCCCCAGGGCCCAUAGGGGGCGGAUCGGGGGCGUAGUCGGAGCGCCCUGCGCUGUGGCUAUUCGCUGCCCCCCAGGGCCCAUGGGGGGCGGAUCGGGGGCGUGGUCGGAGCGCCCUGUGCUGUGGCUAUUCUCUGCCCCCCAGGGCCCAUGGGGGGCGGAUCGGGGGUGUGGUCGGAGCGCCCUGCGCUGUGGGUAUUCGCUGCCCCCCAGGGCCCAUAGGGGGCGGAUCGGGGGCGAGGUCGGAGCGCCCUGCGCUGUGGCUAUUCUCUGCCCCCUAGGGCUGCUCCUCCCUAGCCCUGGAAGGCACCUCCUCACCUGAGAUGAUCUCCCCCCAUCCUCUCCCUUUACUGAGUGAGGAAUAUCCAUCCUGGAUCCACUUUGGGCCUCUCCCCAGACCCCUCACCCCCGGCACCCACCCACCGCACUUCCUGAUGGUGGUGGCUGAGGGCCCCCAGGGUCCCCGCACGUCUGUGCUCGAGGGGCGUGUUUUGCUGCAUGAAGAAGUGAAACCAGCUCGAGGGCUUUCCAUUUUCGGCUCCCCGGCCGGCUCCACCCUUCGGCCAGGCCAGAUUGGACUGAGCAGGGGACGAUGGUGCGUGGGGCCGUGCUGGUGUUCCUGUGGCUGGCCGGAGCGGAGAUGCUCCGGGAGGAGCAGGCGGAGCGAAACAGGUUUUGCAGCUGGAAGUGCAUGAAGUUUGUCCAGAUGUGGCCGGGAUCGUUCUGCGUGGCUCUAGGGCCGAGGUUCGACUGCGUCGUCCCCGAGUCUGCCGACAGCUGGACCAUCCACGGGCUCUGGCCCAGCAACGUCAUGAACUGCUGCAGCUGCUGGCAUCUCUUCCCCUCUGACCUGAUGGAUCUGCCCAAGCAGCUGGCCGAGCACUGGCCCACCUUCCUCAAUGCCAGCAGCUUCAACUUCUGGAAGGAAGAGUGGCAGAAGCACGGGACCUGCGCUGGGUGCAUGGAGGCCUUGAGCUCCCCCAGCAAGUACUUCGGGGCGGCCCUCGGCCUGCGCACCAUGUACAACAUUGACGGAGCGUUCCAGAGAGCUGGGAUCCUCCCGUCCUGCAAUCACAGCUACCAGCUCCACACCCUCCAGGAGGCUUUGGUGCCCGUCCUGGGGAAGGAGCAUGUGCUGCAGUGUGUGACCGACGGCCAGGCCCGCCAGGUCCUGGUGCAGCUCAAGGUCUCGCUCUUCAGCAACUUCUCUGCCGGGUGCCUGGAGAAGGGAGCCCGGGAUUUCUCCCCCUACCGGCCCUGCGAAAACCAGAGACGCAUCUUCUACUUCCCUCCGAACCAGAAGACCCCACGGGACCCCUGCCCCUGACUGGGGUUGGGGGUAGGAGUGGGGCAGGAGAGUCUCAUGGCUCAGCAGCAGAGAGCCCCAGGGAAGGUUGGAAAUCAGGGGCCCCUUCACCAGAAUAAAGUGCUCGGGAAGGAU